CUCACAUAUGCACAAGGAGACAAAAACGCUUCAUCAGCAAUAAAUAGUUUGUUUAUUAAUGAAAUCCAACGCAGUUUGACUCAUAUACAUACAAGCUCAGCGUUGAAAAGGUCUAUUUCUUAGAAUUCAAAAGUUCUGCGACUUUUUGUUGCGUUGCCAUACUGAAGAAGCAGUAUUGCCACACCAGAUCAAAAGCUUUAUUGGCGUUGUGAACCAGCUCGUGUAUUGCUUUCAAGCAGAAUUUACCGGGAAGCCACCGAUCUUAGUGAAGAAUAUACCAUUAUCCAAAUUUUAAUACAUAUAUAUAUAUAUAAAAGAAAGGCAAUCAUGUCGGAUUACGUUGUUGAACGCAUUGAGGGAAAACGCAUUGUAAAUGGAGAAGUUCAAUACUAUCUAAAAUGGCUGGGAUAUCCACGCAGUGAAAAUACUUGGGAGCCGCUUGAAAAUCUCUCAUGUCCCGAUUUUAUAGCUGAAUUCGAAGAAUCGGAAAAAAAGAAGACCAAGAAUAGGAAGAGAAAGCUAUCGACACAAAGUUCUGUAGAAAGCAACGGAAUUACUAUGGCGGAGAAAAAAUUAGAUGGCAGUAUUGGUUUUCAACGUGGAUUGAUCGCUUCGAAAAUAUUGGGAGCUACGGAUACUUCGGGAAAGCUUAUGUUUUUGAUGUCUUGGAAAAAUUCAAAUUACAUUGAUCUGGUACCUGCUAAGGUGGCCAACAUAAAAUGUCCGCAAGUGGUCAUUAAGUUUUACGAAGAGCGUCUCACCUGGCAAUCGGACAUUGAUGAGAAAAAACGUACAAGAACUUCUAAUGCAAACUCCGCAACGAAGAGAGAAAAUCUUGUACAAAUUGAUCUAACAGAGGGCGAUUGUUGAGACGGAGCAACGGCAAAUGUGCAAGUGUACGUGCACAUACAUACAUAUAUGCAAACAUAUAUACGUUCAUUUACAGUUAGACAUAUAUACAGUCAUACCUAAAUAUGUAUGAAUAUAAAAGAGUUUAUUUGAUUUAAGUACAUACCAUAUCUAUUUGAAGUGAAAUCAUUGUUACACAUUCACAAUUUUGUUAAAUCGUAAUUAAGUUGACAGUUGAAAAAUUACAUGACCUUUGUUAAUGUA